UGUUUCAGUGAACGUGAAUAAAUAUCUUGCUUUGCCUCAAUAACCACAUAUUUGUUUUACAAAAUUACUCCCACACGCAACCGAACGUGACAUUCCUCCCAUAAGUAAUGCUGAUAUGACCAGUUGUUCCUGGUUAUAAAACCACCCCCGUUGAUCCAGCACUCUUAGUCUCUCAUGAGUCACAAUGAAAUUAAUACUUAUAUUACUGUUCUGGAUCGUUGCAUCCGCCAGUGCCCAACUAAUCCCAACCUCGUUCGACGCUCGGACGCGCUGGCCGAACUGUCCCUCGAUCGCUCUGAUCCCAAACCAGGGCUGUUGCAAUAGUAGCGCCUUCCAGAUCCCGGCCGCCGUCAUAACCGAUCGAGCCUGCAUCCGUUCCAACGGAAGAAGCACCCGGACUUACAGUGCGUACGAUGCGCUCGCUUGCUGCACGGAUUGUCCGUUUUCCCAGCUGUUCAAGUGCGCUGGAGGGGAUCCGUUGAAGGUGUGGAACUACUGGGCUACGACCGGACUGGUGUCGGACAGCUGCAUGCCGUUCUCGCUGAGCCCGCUUUGUUUGGGGUUCAACUGUCCGCUGUUGUGUGCUCCAGGGUACGCGGGAUCGAUUGUCGGUGACAGAAGAAAGGGUUUGGAGGUGGUAACGGUAGCGCCUAACGUGACCGCUAUCCAGUCUGAAAUCAUCCUGAACGGUCCAGUUGAAGCUAGCUUUGACCUGUACUUAGACUUUGUGAACUUGAAUCAGAAUCAGGUGUACAACUCGCGUAGCGGACCAAACCUGGGUAGACAAUCCGUCAAGAUCAUCGGAUGGGGAGUGGAAAACGGUACCGAAUAUUGGCUGAUCACCAGUACCUUUGGCAUUGGUUGGGGCAACCAGGGAACCGCCAUGUUCUUGCGGGGUGUAAAUCACCUCGGUAUUGAAUCGCAUGUCCAUUGUGGAACUCCCAAUGUCGAAUCAGUGCAUUAAAAAUGUGUUCAACAAAUUUCGUGUUUGUGUAUUUAUUUACUGAGUUUACUCUCCAAAAUGAGCGUGAAUAUUGUAAUCACUGCCUCAGAGGGAGAGACCCUCAUCUAUAGUAAACCACGGCUAGUGUGACGAAUCAGUCGCGCACAUUACGCAACCAACCGUGGGUUC